CCAGUAGUGUAGUCUUAAUAGCUGUGCAAUUUUUCAAGCUAUAUUGUUUUUUCAAUUUAUUUUUGUGAAAGUAGUUUUAAAAUUUUAUCUUUAUCUUCUUUUAAAAGGCAGACAGAGGGAAUUAGAUGAGGCUCUGGUGAACAUGGUGGUAAAGGAUUUGCAGCCCUUCACCAUCGUGGAGGAUGAGGGUUUCAUGGCCUUUGUGAACAAACUUGAUCCAAGCUAUGUCCUCCCAUCCCGGAAGGCGCUGAAAACAAUGGUCACUGAAAGGUACAACAACACUAAGGAAAAGACAAUGGAGGACCUAAAAAAGGCAGAUUUUGUUAGCCUUACAGCUGACAUGUGGUCUUCAAUUAAUAUGGAUGGAUACCUUGGUGUAACUUGCCACUACAUAACACCAGAGGCAAAGUUGGCAACUGUUGUACUAGGUGUAAGGAGGUUUUACCAAACCCACACAGCACAGCAUCUCAUGGAGGCUAAAGCUUUGCUAAUGGCUGAGUGGGGAAUAACCUCCAAAGUUCAGUGUAUGGUGACUGACAAUGCAUCCAACAUGAUCCUAAGUGCCCAGCUGCUCAACCUUCGGCAUGUCCCAUGUUUUGCCCAUAAUUUAAAUUUAAUUGUGAAAAAGGCCCUAGAUCAAACCCCAGUCAUCAAUGAAAUACGGCAGAAAGCCAGAAAGAUAGUCGGGUUGUUUAGAUCCAGCUGCAAAGCAAAGGACAAGCUUGUGGAGAUGCAGGGCUUGAUGGGCAGACCAACUCUGAAACUGGUACAGGAGGUUGAGACGAGAUGGAACAGCACUUUUGACAUGCUGCAACGCUUGUAUGAGCAACGAGAGCCAGUGGGUGCUACAUUUCCAAUUUAAACAGUGAUACUGCAUACUUUGAGUAUGACAUUAUUCAAGAAUCAUUGUCACUACUGCAACCGUUUAAACUAGCAACAACAGAGAUGUCAGAGGAACAGAGAGUGUCUGCUUCAAAACUUAUACCACUUUACAGGAUGUUGCAGCACAAGCUUGCACAGAAAAAGGGACAUGCAGCGCAGGAAUCAACUGUACAAUUAGGCACACACUUGCAAGAAGGUCUGCACUCCAGAUGUGGGGGGUAUGAGUCAUUUAGAUCAUUGGCAGUGGCUACACUGCUGGACCCAAGGUUCAAAAAUGUGGCUUUUGGUAAUCCUGCCAAAGCCCAGGAGGCUGAAAAGCACAUUACCCUGGAGUGUGCUUCACUGAUGCGUUCAAACACAGCAACUCCUGAGCCACAGUCAACAUCAGGCCCAUCAUCAUCAACACAGUCAACAUCAGGCCCAUCAUCAUCAUCAUCAUCAUCAACACCAGCAGAAACCCAGGACAGUUUAUGGGAACUUUUUGAUAACCGUAUCCGUGAAACCCAGGCGAUACACAGUGCUACAGCUGAUGCUACAGUUGAAGUGAAAAAGUACCUCAAAGAUGUAUUUUUGCCCAGAACUCAUGAUCCUCUAAGUUACUGGAAAGAGAGAGCUGUAAUUUUCCCUAAUUUAUAUGUCCUUGCUAAAAAAUAUCUGUGUAUGCCAGCAACAAGUGUCCCUUGUGAGAGGAUUUUUUCAAAGGCUGGAGAAAUUAUAUGUAAAAAAAGAAGUAGGCUAAGUCCUUCCACAGCAGAGCAAUUAAUAUUCUUGAAUAAAAAUCUGUAAAAAUGUGAGACCAUUGUGGCUUGAUUUGUUUUAUUAUUCUUCAUUUUUCAUGACCAAAAUAACCUAGUUAUUCACAGUGAGGAGGGUUACAUAACCAACAUCAGUUGUCAG